CUUGCUGCGAUUAUUCAAGUCCGUGGGUCGGAUCCAACUUUUCUUUUGUAGUCCCGGAGGCCCUGCACGUGCCGUCUUUAUUUAAUUCAAGACAUCUCUACACACUAGGGAAGCAUGGAGUCCACGGGUUACAUUGCCACUGAAACGGCCAUCCCCACCGAAAAGCUGAACAUAGUCGCUCAUGACACAGCUGCAUCUGUGAACCAGAAGACUCCCAUCAGCAUUCUUCAGGAGCUGUGUGCCCGCAACUGCCUCACUCCGGAGUACAAGCUGCUGUCUGUCGAAGGUGCAGUGCACGCGCCCACAUUCAUGUACAGGGUGCAGGUGGGGGAAGUCGUCGCCAAUGCCACUGGCCAGAGCAAGAAAAAAGCCAAACAUGCCGCUGCCAGGGCUAUUCUUGAAAAGCUGCUCGCCGACGAUGGUCCAUUUGCCAAAUAUCGGGCAGCGGUCAUGGAAGAUCUUCCUUCCAUAGAGCAAAUGGAGGGGACUGUCCCCGCGGCAGUUGGUGAAGUGGCUCCGAGCAACAAUGGGCUUCCUGGCAGCACGCCCCUAGCAGGUAGCACUCUGGGAAGUACAGGAACACCGGCUGCUGGAGCCGAGGACGACGGCAUCGUAGGCAACCCGGUGGGAGAGCUGCAAGAGCUCUGCAUGAAACUUCGCUGGCGGCCCCCUUUCUACGAGACUGUCAUCGAGGAUGGCCUGCCCCAUGAGCGCACUUUCGGCAUAUCCUGCCUCGUCAACAACCUCAAUGAAAUGGGCAAAGGCAAGUCAAAGCGCCUGGCAAAGCGUCAGGCUGCUAAGAAGAUGAUUGAACUUAUUAAGAACGUGCAGAAUGGCCUCCUCAACGGCGAGGAAGAGAAGUUUGGAGAAUCGGGCCUCAACUCUGUCCCUGGUGGCUUGGGCCCCUGCAGCACGGUACUCCAGGAGGCCAAGUGUUACAUGGGGCUAAAGGAGCAGAACAUCAGUGCCCUGACUCCACGGCACAGCCAGCAGGUCGGGCAGCUGCUGCGGCAGUUGCAGGCCUCGGACGGAGCUCGGCUGACCAGCCUGCAGGGUACCUCUCUUAGCACAGCGGGCAUUGACUACGUUGGCCUGCUGCGUGAAAUUGCGGACGAGCAGAGCUUCGAGGUCACUUAUGUGCCGAUAGAUGAGCUCAGCCCUGACGGUAAGCACCAGUGCUUGGUGCAGUUGACAUCGCUGCCACUGGCGGUGUGUUUCGGCACAGCCGAUACGCCCGAGCAGGCCCAGGUGGCUGCGGCGCGCUGUGCACUGCAGUACCUGAAAAUCAUGACCAAGAAGUGAGGCAGGCAGGGUACCUGGCUCAGCAGCAUGCUGGUCAACCUGGAUUGAACAGAGGAGUUCUGCCACACACACACGGCAGGAAACCCUAGCAUUUUGAUGUUCAAGGUACCUUGUUCAAAGAAAAAAACCCGUCUCUAGUCAGAUGAGCUGCACUUCGGCCUUUGGCUGUUCCCUCCUCUUCGUUCACCCGCGUCCUUAAUCCGACCUUGGGGCAGUGUUGCGUUCAUCCGGUCCCACGCAGAGUGUGGGACGGGGCCUAUGCAAGGCCAAGCUUGUGCAGAGGUUUACGUUGCUGUCGUGUCCACUGGGCAACGGAGCAAGUUACGGCAGGCUGGCCCAUAAAGUCUUCCCAUUCUUUUUUUUUUAUUCUUUAUUGGCCUCUUCUAGCCAGUUGCAUUCUCGCAUAUCUGUCUCGGUGGCAGAUGCUUCCUUUUUUUUUCUUCCUCUUAGUUUUACAUUUGGACUGCUCAAACUUAGCAGAGAGUUCAGAGGACUUCAGGUAAAAGCAUUAUCUUAUGAAAGUGGUCUGUGAUUAACGUGGGCUUUAGUGCAGUUAAAGUAGUUUUUUUUUUCCACUCAAACAACUGCAUUCUGCUGCUGUUAAACAGGGUCCUUGGCCAAUUUUUAUUCCUUGAUGUCUCUGACCUCUGGCUCUUGAGAGCAGGGAGACACUGUAACUGUCGACUAAGUUCCCUGAUCUGUGAUUUUUUAAACUGCGACAGCGAUUGCAUGAGCAUUGCUGGGGCAAGUGCCCAUUUGUAACGUGCCACAUUUACUGAGGAGUAACUAAAAUAUAGAAGGAAGGUGCAUCUCUUCAUUGCACCUUCCAGAGGGAGCGUCUCAUGUGUUUUGCAGGUGUACUUAGCACCUUGAAUGAGAAAUGCCCUCAGAGCCGCUAGCAGAUUUGCUGUGUAACAUUUUUAAAACCAUUCUGGUCAGAUCUUCCUUCUCUGUUCUCGUAGGCAUCUCGGUGCCAUCUUUCCUUAUGAGCCACUUUUUUGAAAGCAUGGUGAUAUGGUAAUUGAGGUAAUUAUGAUGGCUUGAUGACUGCAACGUCCAAUGGCUGUAGCUAAUACACCAUACUGCCAAGCAUGAUGACCAGGUUGUUGCCUACCUCCAGAAUCGCAUCUUUGACUCCCUGGGGCUCUUGUGAACGAGUCCAAGACCAGAAUGUCUCAAUAUGCCAGGUACACUUUGUUCCAGUUGUUUUGUUGGCAAUGUAUGAAACUAUUGUUUCUUAUUUUUUGUUUAGUCACCUCAUUUCAUAACCCUUCAAUCAUAUUUCGCUUUUAUUGCGAUGGCGCGAAUUGCAGACAACUAGAAUGGCUUGACUGGGUUUAGGCAGAGCGUCCAUGAAGUUUAUGGACUGUCAAUUAAUAGCCAUUUUUUCCUUCUUAUUUUGUGUGUAUUUUUACUUCUAGCUUCAGCUUUGCAGUCUUUUGGGCCAAAGUGGCACAAUGCAGUGUCCACAGGUUUUUCGCUAUUGUUGAGCUGCACUAGCCGUAUUCAAUCUGUUCAGCAUGUUAGCAUCUGCGUAGUUCAGUCUCAAAUCAGCAAAGAGCAGCUUUGUUAGGCUGUGUUCUUUUUCUCUGCUGUCGAGAGUAAAACUAGUUAGUUUUACACGUAAGGGGGAGAAACCUUUUUUAAGCUUCUACCUUCUCUAUACAAAAAUUGUUGCCUGAAGGUCUUUUUUUCUUUCUUCUUCUUGAACGGACGCUACAAAAGGAGGGAUGAAGAGCGUGGCCUGUUUUUUCAUACUAAGCAAAGAGCCAAAAUUGUGAACGAAGAUGGGGGAACAGCCAGCAACUCUAGCUGCAGAAAGCAUUUUCUCUCACAUUCCGAGGAACUGACAAAAGAAUCGGGCAUCCAACGAUCUGAAAGUCUGGAGAUUGGGAGGGAGGACAGCCACACCAUAUUCUUGAUAUGAGGUCCGUUUAUGACUGGAACCUUUUUUUAUUACUAUUCUUUUGCUUGGCAGUUGUGGUGAAACAGUAAUCGCAUUUGUGCUUUCUGUUGUUCCGACGAGCAUUUUGGAGCAAGAUUUUAACUUCCGUAAUUUUUGAAAAACAAGAUUUUAGGUUUUUUUUUCCUUUCUAUGCACUGGUUGAAGGUGAGAUGCUACAAUUUUUUUAGUGCACACUGAGCCUGUUGUUUUUUUUCUUUCACUAUUCUGGCACCAUUCUAUUUAUUUUGUAGUGUAGUGUAGAGCACAAUCGUGACUACUCAAGAUUGCUUUUGCAGCUUAUUUAUUGUUGCUGCUGUGUGAAGACAAAUAAGAUGGGACUUCAGGCUGGCAAGGAGGGAAUGAAUAAUAACCGAUCGUGUAGAUGGGAAUUUCUCUCUUAACUAUAAAGCAUGUAGGCUAGCUUUUUUCCCAAUUUCCAACCUUUCAUCUGCAAGUGACAAAAUAAACGGUAAUCAACAGGA